AUGAAUAAAUCAUUGUUUUCAUUGAUAUUGUUAAUUAUAACAAUAUUUAAUCUAGCAUCAAAUAUUAAUAUAGUGUCAGCAAUAUCAAAUUUUAACAUCAACAAUAAUAAUAAAAAUAAUAAUGAUAAUAAAGAAAUAAGAUUCCCAACAGAUAUAAUAAUAGAUGAUAGUACCGAAAUUAAUUUUAAUAACCACGAAGAUAAUAACAAUAAUAAUAAUAAUAAUAAUAAUAAUAAUAAUGCCUAUAAUGAAGAUAGUGGAAAUUCUGUACAAUUAGGAGAUAUUGAAUGUGUAGUUUGUCUUGACUUUUUAGAUAGCUAUUUACCAACUCUUGUCAAGAUCAUCUCUGAAUAUGGUGUAAUUGAAUCAUGUUCAAAGAUUUGUGGCCUUUUAAAUAAAACUGAUGAAAUUGAUAUUUGUACUGGCUUAUGUGAUUUAGUUGGUGUUGAUACUUUUUGGAAAAUCUUUGUUACUAAUGAUAUAAAUCCAUUUUAUGCAUGUGAAUUAAUUACAGCAUGUAGUACACCAAAAAAUCCAGCUGCAGAUUUUAUAUCGUUAGGAGUUUCACCAGCAAUUGGUCAAUCUGGAUCAAAGUUUUUAAUUGAUUUAACAUUUCAAGUAGUGAAUACAACUGGUGCUGGCCAAUUUGCAUUCAUUGUAUUCUAUACACAAACUCAAUCAAAGUUUAUAAACUAUCAAUUAUUUGAAGGUUUUUCACCUGGUAACUAUUCUGUAAAGUAUGAUUUUGAAACAACAAAUAAUUCCACUUUUAUCAAUGGUCAAUAUCCUGUUACAGUUUAUAUGUGUAAUGGUGAAUGUGGUACAAUGUAUAGUACUCUCUUAAAUCAAACUACUUCUUAUUUUACAAUUAGUAAUCCAACUCCAACUCCAACUCCAACUCCAUCAAAUUCAACAACACCAACUCCAACUCCAACUAAUUCUACACCAACACCAACUUCAACUUCAACACCAACCUCAACACCAACUUCAACACCAACACCAACACCAACCUCUUCAUCCUCAACUAAAACCCAUUCAUCACACUACAAAAACAAAAUAAAUAAAUAA